GGCUUCCAUUACCGGCGGCAUCGCAGCCGACCUUGACUUGUCAAGACAUUUUCUGGCUUGGCUUUCGAGAUCCUAUUUGCCUGCUUACUGCGCGAUGCUCCGCCUUCUUUCUUGCCGAUGCCGGCUGCAAAGGGCUGUACGACAGUCGUACAUGGCGACGGCAACCCGAGAAGUGGUACGUGGCAACGCUACCACCGGAGGCGGCAAUGCGACCACACCCACUUGCCCGGUUUCAUCCACCAGUGCCAGCCCUCCACGCGUUUCUGGCGGCCCACGCCAGCUUCCUCAGCACCCGAUGGAGCUGCUUUCGCACGUCUUCCAGCACCACCCGUCCGCGCUUCGACUCCACCGUGAGCUGACAGUGGCUCUUGCGAGUGGCGAUGCGGCCUGUGCGGCGGACCUCGCAAGCGUGCUCGCGAGCACAGUGCAGCGGGUGGUCGCAGCUCAGGAAACGACGUGUGCCUCUCCUUCGAGUGCUUCUAGUGGGUAUAACCGUAUGGGUGAGGUACCUACCGUUACGGGCAGCCGUGGCGACAACGACGAGAACAGCGAUGCGCAGACAAACUCCGCAGAGGGAGUUCCCCCUCCCUCCCCGGAUGAUGUAGAAGAGGCAGUGGAAAAGACACGUGAGGCUGUCUUGCAACGAGUUACCCUCUCCCCUGCCGGCAACAGCGCACUGACGUCGCAGGGUAGCGGUGUUUCUGUGCACAAGGGGGCGCAGGCGUUACCGUUCUGGCGUGAUCCACGGUGCCUCUGCGUCACCGUGUUGGAGUCCGCCUUUGAGACGGACGUGCCGGAUGGAGAGGCGCAGGGCUCGCUGAGCGCUGCCGGCAACCGUGCCGCCGUCCACGAAGCGGAGCAGAUGCGCAUACUGGAGACGUAUCUGGAAAAGGAAGGGACUCGGUGGAAAGCGCAGAAGGCCGCGAUUGCGAAGAUCGUCUUGGAGGUUGCGAGAGCGUUGAAGAUAGCACCGGAAGACUUGCAAGCAACGGAGGGCGUGACCUCGACGAGCUCGAUGACACACAAUGUGGAAGAAAGAGAAAGAAGAAACAGCAGCAACACCGGCAGUUCAAGUGGUAGGCGUUUGAACGUGCUGCGACAUAGCAAUCUCGUGGUUCGUGGCGAGAUACCGCCUGCGGCAGCAACGUCGGCCACAGCACCUGCUGAGAAGGACGGCGUGGAGGCGCAGCUGGCAGCGUUGACGGAACGAAUGAAAGACCUCGGCACGCCGCUUACGCGUGAAGAAGUUCGGAUGGCCCGCUACGAGCUUCAAAUGUCGCAGUCGAAGAUGCGCUACGUGGUGGGGAUCCACACGGAGUUACAGCACGCGCUAGACCACAGUGAGUCUGUCCGACAAGCCUUGCGGAAGCGCGUGGCGGACAUGGGCCCCAAGUCCGCCGGUGCUGCUUCUCCUCCUUUUCUCGCUACAGGGUCGCAGCUGUUCAUGGAAGAGCUGAUACGAGCAUUGAACGAAGGAGUGGAGGCGUUUAGCACCAAGGCCACGGAGCAGAAGAUGCCGUUGUCGGUGGAGGACGUGCGAGCGCGCGAGGUGGCCGAAAGUCCAGUCCUACCGUUUACCUUCAUGCUGAAGUGCUGCCUGUGGUUUGACACGACUCCACCAUCGUAG